CUUACAUAGUGCCGUCUUAAAUCACCUUUGAAACUAUCUUUAGCUUUUGUAGAGAAGGAAGGUCCAAUCAAAUAAACCGAGCAAGAGGAUUGAAUAGGUGAAGACAAUGUCAAAGUUUGGAGCCUCUUUAAAUUUAUCGGUGCCUACUCUCCAAGAGUUGGCAAAGGAACCAAUCACCAAAGUUCCAGAGCAAUAUCUUCGUCCAAAUCUAGACACUCAAACUGACACAACUUCUUUACCACAAGUCCCAAUCAUCGACCUCAGUAAAUUGGUGUCUGGAGAUGUAGAUGAGCUCGAGAAGCUAGACCAUGCAUGUAAGGAAUGGGGUUUCUUCCAGUUGAUUAAUCAUGGAGUCAACUAUUUCUCGGUGGAAAAUAUGAAGAUAAGUGUUCAAGAGUUCUUCAAUCUUCCAAUAGAAGAGAAGAAACCUUUUUGGUUAACACCGGAAGAUUUGGAGGGCUUUGUUGGUCAUCAUGUGUUUGAUGAACAAAAGUUGGAUUGGGUAGAUCCAUUCUUCAUUUACACUCUUCCACUUAACAAAAGGAAUCCUCGCUUGUUUAAUAGUUUUCCUCAUCCCUUAAGGAUUAACUUGGAGAAUUAUUCUUUAGAAAUGGAAAAACUUUGCAUCACAAUCAUUGAGUAUAUGACAAUAGCUCUAAAGAUUAAACGAAAUGAAGUGCAAGAGUUAUUUGAAAAUUCACUUCAAACAAUGAGGUGGAAUUACUAUCCUCCAUGUCCCCAACCAGAAAAUGUUAUUGGAUUGGAUUCUCAUUCUGAUGGUGGUGGCAUUGCCAUCCUUCUUCAAGCCAAUGAAAUAGAAGGCCUCCAAGUAAAAAAAGAUGGAAAGUGGAUACCUAUUAAACCCAUAUCUAAUGCUUUUUCCAUUGUCCUUGGAGACACUUUAGAGAUCAUAACUAAUGGAGUUUAUCGAAGUGUUGAACAUCGAGCAAUAGUUAACUCAGAAAAAGAGAGAAUUUCCAUUGUUGCCUUUCAUCGACCUCAACAAAAUAAAGUUAUAGGUCCAAUACCAAGUCUUGUUACUACAGAAAGACCUGCAUUAUUCAAGCAAAUUGUGGCAGGAGAUUACUACAAAAUAUACUUCUCGCGCAAGCCACAAGGGAAGACAUGCCUUGAUGUUAUGAGGAUCAAAAAUGAUAUUGGUGAAUGAUAAAGUGCAUAUGCAACUUUCCUUAAAAUGGA